AUGGAAGAUCUAGAGCUGCUACAACUCCCUCUAGCGUUCCAGAACGGCUCCGCCCGUCUUCUCACAGGAGGCCUGGUCGUGCGGGACAUCGAGCGCUGGUGUGAUCGAAAAGCCGAAAAAGGUGGCGUCAAGUCAGUCAUGGCCGUUGUCUUUUUCAACACAGGAGCGGAUGCAAUAGACUACGUCAAGAUCAAAGCCCACGUUGCUGCACGGGCUGGCGUCAGCUAUUGGGUAUAUGAGAUGCCCGUCGAUGCAUCAACAACACAGGUCAUGAGCCAAGUCAAAAAGCUGAACAAGAACCCUCGAAUCCACGGAAUCCUGAUACAGCGCCCAUUGCCUCCCCAGUUGAACGAACCAGAGAUUAUGAGAUCCAUCAAGCCUAUCAAGAACAUUGAGGAAUACGCUAAAGGCCGAGCGAACAACAUUGCUGCAGACGCCUUGGUCCGCUUGUUGACAAAGUAUGGGCUACGGGAGUCGGCACAGCAGGCCAAGAUCCAGAUUGUCGGUUUUGGGAAUAUCAUCACAAAAGAGUUCAUCAAGCAGAUGAAGAGCCAAUUUCCCUACGUGGGCGCGUCUAGAGACUUCGAUCCGUCGUAUGAUGCCAGUAAAGAAGAUCUUCAGAUGCAAGCCGAGAAACCGCGCGAUUCCAUAAUUAUCUCGGAACUUCACCACGGACCUGGCUUCAUCAAAUCAUCUAUGGUCAAGCCGGAAGUGAGUGUCCUGGUUGAUCUUGGCUUCUAUGUCACAGAAAAGGGCGUUCUCGGCGACGUGAGCCACGUUCUCUUUGACAGGAGUGGUCUAGCAAUUGCACCAACACCGGGCGGAGUCUUGCCCAUCUUAUUAUGGAUUAUGAUGGAGCGGACAAUCAAGGCGAAGAACUUAAUUACGAAGGAAGAGAUGCAAGGUUGCUAUUGCGUAGCUAUGUGA